UUGUCGUGGUGGGGGGUCUUGCAUGCUCCAAUGAUCUUCAAGGCUAUACCAGAAGUUUCUAAAAUGCCGGACAGGCUUGGGGUGGAGGGCCAGACUAAGAGUGGCAGCUAUAGCAGAGGGCACAGUGGACGGGACAGAAGGAGGAAGUCGGUCGAAAGACUGAGAGGUUGGUGGGGUCGGCGACGACAAAACCGUCGACAGGCUAAGAGUAUGCGCGCUUCUAACUCUGCUGCUGUAACGCUGGCGCUGCAGCCAGAGGUCGUCGAUGCUGGCGUCACCUAUGCCGGUAUAUUGACUAAGGAGCAAGAGGCAAUCGACCUGCAAGGACUGGGGAUUGCUGGACUCAGGUGCAGAGCUACUCGCACGUGUGCCCGCAUCCUUGAGGUCUCUGGGACGACCGGCGGCCCCAAAGCUGAUGCCCUAGCCGAAAAACUCAUGGAGGCCCCGAAAGAUGAAGCUUUAACGGUGUCCAGACCGCAAAAAAGCGUGGUACUGCAAGAAUACGAGCUGGAUGAUUCCGUCACGGCUGAGAAGGUUGCGGCCGCCGUCACUCGAACUGGUGACUACCCCCCGGAGCUCGUCAAAGCUGGAAAGAUCGUGAUCGCCAGAGGGCUCAUAGGAGCAGCCCUGGUGCGCUGCCCAGUGGUCGCCGCUAAAAGAGUGAUGUGUGCAGAAAAGCUUUGGCUUCCUUUAUUUAAAGACCCCAUUGAAAGAGAAUUAGUAGGAUUCAAUAGAACCAUGAUCAUGGGUAGACGAGAUGAGAUGGAAUGGCAUUUUCAAGAACAGACGAUCUGA